AUGGAGGAGAGUGGCCCGAGGCUGGAAGAAGCGUUCCUGGGCCUUGCUCCGGGCCAGCUGUACACAUACCCUGCGCGCUGCUGGCGAAAGAAGAGAAGAUUGCACCCUCCUGAGGAUCCGAAGCUGCGGCUGCUGGAAAUAAAACCUGAGGUGGAGCUGCCCCUGAAGAAGGACGGGUUCACCUCAGAGAGCACCACGCUAGAAGCCUUGCUCCGAGGCGAGGGGGUUGAGAAGAAGGUGGACACCAGAGAGGAGGAGAGCAUCCAGGAGAUACAGAGAGUCUUGGAAAACGACGAAAAUGUAGAAGAAGGAAAUGAAGAAGAGGAUUUAGAAGAGGAUAUUCCCAAGCGAAAGAACAGGACCAGAGGACGGGCCCGCGGCUCUGCUGGUGGCAGGAGGAGGCAUGACCCCGCCUCUCAGGAAGACCACGACAAACCUUACGUCUGUGACAUCUGUGGUAAGCGCUACAAGAACCGACCAGGACUCAGCUACCACUACGCUCACACUCACCUGGCCAGCGAGGAGGGGGAUGAAGCUCAAGACCAGGAGACCCGGUCCCCACCCAACCACAGAAAUGAGAACCACAGGCCCCAGAAAGGACCGGAUGGGACAGUCAUUCCUAAUAACUACUGUGACUUCUGCUUGGGAGGCUCCAACCUGAACAAGAAGAGUGGGCGGCCUGAAGAGCUGGUGUCCUGUGCAGACUGCGGACGCUCUGGUCACCCAACCUGCCUGCAGUUCACCCUGAACAUGACUGAGGCUGUCAAGACCUACAAGUGGCAGUGCAUAGAGUGCAAAUCCUGCAUCCUCUGUGGGACCUCGGAGAACGAUGACCAGCUACUCUUCUGUGAUGACUGUGACCGUGGCUACCACAUGUACUGUUUAAACCCCCCUGUGGCUGAGCCCCCAGAAGGAAGCUGGAGCUGCCACUUGUGCUGGGAACUGCUCAAAGAGAAAGCCUCAGCCUUCGGCUGCCAAGCCUAGGGCCCCGGGUCACCGCAGGUGACUUGCUGCUGGAGAGGUUGAACCAGAGCCCAGUUCAAAGCCGAUUGAGCCCCUCCUCCCGUGUAUCCAGACAGACCAACUGUGAGGAAAGCCAGUAACCAGAGGGCGUGACACACGGAACCCAGAGGGCGAGCUGUCUACGUAGCUCCCACACACCGGUCUCCACACUCCAGCCCACCUGCCCGCCUUGUUUCAACCAGAAGGAUCUUGCACUUUUGGAGAACAGCCCAGCACUGCGGCCCUCUCACUGGUUCCCACCAUCUGUUACUCGUGUGUGUGCUGUUUCUACCUAUUGUCUUCUAAGAAAUCUCCCAGCCUCCUGCCUCCAGCUUAGGCUCUUCACCCUGAAGUCAGCGGGAGGAACAAAGGGCUGUGAGGAAGCCACCCUGGAAACUUCUAGACCCAGAGCCUGGAGGCCGUCUUGACAGUGAAAGUCCCUCCUCUUCCUCGCCUGUGUGAAGAGGAAGAGCUGCCUUCUGGACCGGGCAGAUGUCCAGUGGCAUCACAGCCAGGGUGGUCUGUGCAUGGGGCUGGGGAGGGAGGUGGAGGCCCUGGGGGUGGGGUGGGGUGGGGCGAGGAGACAUUCUGAAGACAGUUGCGAGGCCCUGCAACAGCCAAGAAGUAUUUGUUACCAUCAGGAGCGGCUCUGCUAUGCGGUUCCUUCACCCGCGGAACUGGGGCAUCGUUGAGGUGAGACAAGCCACAGCCGCUGGCAGAGAAAGAUGUUAGACUCUGCCUCCCAACCUGCCUGGUCUGGAGCUUUCCUGGGGGUGGGGUGGUGGCUCAAGAACCAGGAAGGCAAGUGAAGAAGCCUACACAGUCGAAAAUCUAAAUGUUGGUAAAAAGGUAAAAAGGACUGCCCCUUCGAGAAACCCUUCAGUAUUGAUGUGACACAAUGAAUUCCCUUUCCCAAGUAAUUCUUCCCUCCACCAAAUGUGUGUCUGCCCUUGUGUCUGAGACCUGACUCUGGAAAUUUUAGGAUUGGGGAGAGAUUGUCGUUACCUAGACAAUAACUGGGGUGAUGGGAUUAUUCAUGACCAAGGUGGAGGCCUUGCAGAGCCUCAGCUCAAGGGCCGCUUUUCUCUCCUAAGCUCUCCGGUACCGACUGGACUUUUUUUUUAAUGGAUCAAGAAGAAAGAGGCUCAGAUUUCGAGAAGCCUGUGUUGGAAGGCCACCCUGUAGGCUGGAGCAGCUUGGGCUGUCUUUGAAUCUCACAGGCAGUGGCAACAGCAGCAGCGCACAACUGACAGGUUUCUGGGAAAAUCAUUUGCCCAAAGGGCAGGUCUCGCUGAGCCGGACCCUCGCGCAUGCUCGGCUCCCCUGAAGUCAGCUCCGUCUCUGUGGUCUGCUGCUUACAACAAAGGCCGGGUUAUUUUUAGCCCGUCAGCCCUGAAGAAGCCCCUGGAGACCUGCAGACUGGGCGAGAUGGGCCACUUCCCCCUGCUGCGGAGUUCACCCUGCGGCUUGGCAAUGGUCUUGGCCGGUGGACCCAGGCAGCCUGGCCUGGAGCCGAGCCCUGUUGGUCUCCCUCAGUUCUUUGCACCUGGGGCUAGAGGUGGGGGUCGCUCUCCUGCAGCAGCCUCGGAGGGAGUUACUUGCAUGUGCAAUGAUCUCAUUUAAAGGGCCCUGUCCAGGUGGGAUUCCAUCUUGCUCAGGAGAUGGUUCCUUCUCCCUGCGGGCAGGUGAGCCUGUUUUGGGAAGCUGCUGUGUUGUCACAUCAUUUGUUCAUUCGAGGGUUACAACUCUUCUCCCGACUGCUCUG